CAGAGCUACCAUUAACUUGAACGAAUUACAGAGGCGAUCUUGUACAUAUCAUCAAAUCGGAAAAGAUGACGGUGAUGCAAAAGCUGCGAAUGUUUGUUGUCCAAGAGCCUAUUGUCGCUACUUCUUGCCUCAUCGCCGGAAUUGGAUUGUUCCUUCCAGCAGUGGUAAGGCCGAUACUAGACUCUUAUGAAACAACAAAGCAAGUACCUCCGACUGCUUUAAGCGAUGUGGUUGCUGGUGUGACCGGGAAGAAACACAGUUGAUAAUCGGAAAGGAUGGCGUUUUCUAUUGUCGAAAUAAAUUGUGUGAGAACAUGUAUCUUCUUUUUUGAGGAAUAAUCACUUUUAAAUUGUAUGUCUUGCUAUAUCAUUUGCAACUUUUACUUUUGGGGGCAUUGAUUUAAUAUCAUCUUCUAUUUUGUAUUAAACAUU